CACAACAACAGUUCGAUCUCGCCUAUUUUACCGUACGGACGUUUCGUUAGACAAAAUAAGAGAAAUAACAAAACAAAAUAAACAAUAAUAUUAGUUUAUUGAUUCACAAUAAAUUUUAGGUUAUUGUAGUUUGACAGGUGACAGUUUGAAAGCGCGGGAAAGUCCGCCAUUUUUCAGCAGACAAAGGUCAUUGUGUUAUAAUUCUCUGGAUUUGUUUUUCUGUCGUCAGGUGGUGAAAAGUGACGAUGCCGUCAGAGGUGAUAUCGGGCAAGUCCAUGCAGCGGGAGCUAGCUGACUCCAUCAUCAGGAUGGUGCCUCUAGACGAGAUCAGGAUACUGCUGGCGUGUGGAGCUAAGGUGAACGAGCCAGUGACCCAAGGCCUCAGGCCCCUGCACUACGCGAUCUGGCAGCGAUACCUAGAGGCCACCCGGCUUCUCGUGGUACGGGGGUGUGACGUCAACGCCAGAGAUGACUGCGGGUACAGUGCAUUGCAUCUCGCCGCAGAACAUGGAUAUACAGAACUAGUGAAGCUUCUUCUAGAAAGUGGUGCAGCAGUUGACUACCGGCCGGACACCGGUGAGGAGUUCCCCAGGACCACGCUGUGCGAUGAGCCCCUGAGGCUGGCCAUCAGGAACAAGCAUUAUGAGGUAGCCCGUCUUCUUCUAGAACAUGGUGCUGACCCCAACAAGCGUUACUUCUUCGGGUCAGAGAUCAACCUGGUCUCCGACCCUGAGUACUUGGAGCUGUUGUUGACCUUCGGAGCCAACCCUGACUCUAGGGACAGGGCUGGACUUACUCCACUUAUGAAGGCUGCGAGGCAAAGGAAGGGCAUGGAUGCGGUUCUUUUACUCAUCAGUUUUGGUGCUGAUGUCAACGCGAUGGCAGACGCGAGGAACGACUAUAGGACAGUCAUGCACUAUGCGGUAUUAAGCGGUAACCCUGAAGUCGUAAAUCUGAUGAUAAAGCAAGGCGCUCGUGUAAAUUACGAAUGCCCAGAAUUGAGUAAACCAAGUCCGAUGGAUCUUGCUAUUUUAAAGGGAGAUGUUGCGAUGUUACAGAUGCUAUUGUCUGCUGGUGCUCAAGUAAACGCAUCCAGCUCUGUAAUCGGGUCUCCCCUCCAUGUUGCCUGCUCCGACAAUAUAACUAACAGAAAAGAAAUUGUUAAAAUCCUUCUAGAAAGUGGAGCAGACCCCAACCUGAAGGUGUACAAUGAUGAGGAUGCCACACAGCUCCGUCCAGCUCUUGCGGAGUACCUGGCCAGCAACCCGGAGCCCAGCGCUGAGAUUGUGGCACUACUCCUCAGAUACGGAGCCCGGGUCAUCAUGAAAACCCAAUUCCGCGAUCCCGACGGUAUCCUGAACCACCUCCAGAACGUGACGUCAGAGGAGUACCAGCACAUCUUCUAUCUCCUUCUAGAGGCAGCUGAAGCCUUCGACCUCUGUAUGAUAAAAAGGAACAACACAGUCACUGCCAUACAAAAAGAAGCCUUAAUUACUCGCGCUAAGACACCAAUCUCUCUAAUAGCACAAACCAGGAUAUUCCUAAGAAGAUACUUUAAAACUUCUCUCUGUGAGAUUGUUCAUGAUCUAGAAUUACCAAAAAUCCUUCAUCAAUACUUACUUUUUAAUUGCAGUUAAAUUAUUUUUUGAAGUAUAAAGGUUUUAUACUUGGCUGAAGGUGAAUUCCUGUG